AUGAUAGCGCAGCACCACCACGCGUCUGCCGCAGGUCCACCUUCACAAUUCCAUCUCCUUAGCGGCAGAUUGAGGGCCCGAUUUGAAGCAAACCGAGAGCCGAGAACCAAACUUUUCUUCAUUUUUCAUUCCCAGUGGUGGGCAGCCGGUGACUCGUCUUCAGUAGCCGUUCAGUUUUCCUUUUCAGCGAACAGCCGGAUUGUGAAAUUUCAGUCAGGUUCCGCCCGUUCAAUCCACCAUAGUCGAUUGACCCUUCUGUCGGGAGUUCACACGAGCAGACUCAGCCCCUUAGAACAGCGAGCAACCGGUGUUUUCCGUAGAUUGUCCGGGAGAGAGCAGUCGGCCACACUUUUGGUUGAAGAGUUGACUUCUCUUGUUAAAGAUAAUCUUCCUUGCAAGCAUCUCAUUUUGUCGGUGGAAGAGCUGUUGGUGAAUUUUCUUGAGGAAGAUGCAAGUGUAAAUAAAGUGCUUGAGCUGAAACCAAUGAAUCCUUAUAAUCGUCUGCUUGUGCAUCGUCUUGCUGACAUCUUUGGAUUCUCUCAUCAGUCUGUCGGUGAAGAAGAAUCCAGACACUUAGUUCUGGAGCGUUGCCUAGAGACGUCAAUGCCACCCAUCCUUGUGAGUGAUUUGGUCUUGCAAUUUGAUGAAAGGCUGCCAAGUAUGACUUUUGACAAAUCGAGAUGGAAUGAAGUUAUGCCAGGGAUGCCAAUCUCCCAAAGUGCGAUGGAACAAGGAAUUUCAGUUGCUGAUAUUUUUGAUACAGAUUUGGAAGCUUUCUGGCCCCUAGUAUGA